AUGACUAACAGAAGUGGAGGUGAGAGAGGAAAGGAAAAUCCAAAAAAAGGAAAAUCUAAGUGCUUAGCACCUGGAAAGCUUAUUGAUAAUCGGAAUAGCAUGUUUCGAAAGAAAUCUACAUUUGUUCAGUCAUCACAAGCUACUACAACACCGACUCCACCAACUUGGACUCCAUCGUCGGCUCCGACUCCAUCGUUGGCUCCGACUCCCUCGGUUGCUUCGACUUUAUCACCUGCUCUGAAUCCAUUGCCAGUGCGGGCUGCAGCGGUCCCGCGGACAACACCCAUUUUGCGGAUUGUGCCUGUGCCGCAGGCUAUACCACCAUUGCAGACUACAUUGUCAUCUACACCUAAUCAUGCCUCUACCUCUGAGGUAUUUAAGUUUAUGCCUACUCCGGGUUUAAACAUUUAA